GAAUUGUGCCGUUGGCUCCCAGUCGGACGGCACCGAACCCUCCCCUCCCGCUGAGAGACACAGACACACACACACACACAGAGAGGGAAGGAAAACGAAAAUGCCUCACAAUUUCAAGCCGGGAGACCUGGUGUUCGCCAAGAUGAAGGGUUACCCGCACUGGCCGGCCAGGAUUGACGAUGUAGCAGAGGGUGCUGUGAAACCACCAUCAAAUAAGUAUCCAAUUUUUUUCUACGGCACUCAUGAGACGGCAUUUUUGGGACCAAAAGACAUUUUUGCAUUUGAAAAAUAUAAAGACAAAUACGGAAAACCCAACAAAAGGAAAGGAUUCAAUGAAGGAUUGUGGGAAAUAGAAAAUAAUCCAGACGUCAGCUUCAGUGCACCAUUACCAGCAAGCUCUUCAGACAGUGAAGCUCCUGAGAACGAGGUGGCUGCAGAGAGUGGGCCGGAGGAAGAGCCCAAAGUAGUGAGUGAUGUGGAAUCAGACAAGGGCAGUGUUGAGCAUUGCGGGUUCAAAAGACAGCUUCUGCCCACAAAGAAACCACCCCCUAAACGUGCUCGGAAAUCAAGUGAUGAAGAGGAGGAGGAGGAGGAGGAGGCUGGGUCAAACUCACUCGAUGAGAAUUCUGAAGGAAGUUCGUCGGAAUCAGAGAAAAACAGUGACCAAGAAUUCACCCUAGAAAGGAAAGUCGUGUCCCGAACACCUCGGAGGGGAUCAGCAGCUGGAAGGAAGAAAAAGAUGUCAUCAUCUGACGAGGACUCGGAGGAUGAAGAGCAGCAGGAGGAGAAAGAGCAGCAGCAGCAGGAGGAGGAGGAGGAGGAAGAGGAGAAGAUGCAGUUCCAGGAGGAGGAGGAUGAUGAUGAAGAUUACAAGAAAGAAUCAGAUUCUGAUGAUUCUGUUAAGAAACCUCCCAGAGGCAGAAAACCAGUGGCCGAGAAAAAGACUCCAAAACCUCGAGGGAGGAGAGCAAAGCCCGAGAGGUUACCAUCUGUCUCCAGCAGCAUGAGCAGCAGUGACAGUGACAGUGAUGGAGAAAAUAAGAUAAGCGACUGGAAGAAACGUGAUGAGGAGAGGAAAAAGGAGCUGGAGGAGAGAAGAAGGAAACUGCAGGAGGAAGAGCUGAAGAAACUGAGGAAAAUGGAACGGGAGGAGGAGGAGGAAGAGAAGAGGAGACGGAAAGAGGAGAAGGAGAAAGAGGAAGAUAGAGACAAAAUAACUGAUGUAGUUGCCACAGAGAGGAAGGAGGAACAAAAGAAGACCAAGAAAAAUCGGGCCAGAUUGAAGGUCUCUUCUGAUUCAGACUCUGAAGUGGAAAAGGAAAAAGAGGUGAAGAAAAAGUCUAAGAAACCGCAUUCUGAGCCGACAAAUAGAUCCAAUCGACAGAAAAANGAGAGAGAACAAAAGGAGAGAAAGCGUAAGCAGGAAGAGAGGCACAAAGAAAGGGCAGCCAAACUAGAAAAACAGAAGAAGAGAGAAGAAAAGUUACAAGUUAAGAAAAUAGAAAAGAAAAAAGAAGUGUCAACCGAACAGAAGCUACAGAAGUUACACACCGACAUUAAGCAUGCGUUGAAAGUCGACAGUCCCGAUAUAAAGAAAUGUGUAGAGGCAUUGGAAGACUUGAGGACCCUCCAGGUCACCACACAACUGUUACAGAAACACAGCGAUCUGGUUGCAACACUAAAAAAGAUUCGCCGCUACAAAGCCAGUCAGGAGGUCAUGGCAAAAGCAAGUGAGAUCUACACUCACUUAAAGUCUAUGUUUGUGGGAGGAGACUAUUCAGCAAAUAGCACAUUGAAGAGGCUCCACUCUACGGAGGAGAAAGAACACAAAACCAAAGAGGAGGAGGAGGAAGCAGCACAGAACAACGUCAAGGAAAAGCAGACAACAGACUCCUCUGGGGCAGUAAACGGAGAGGCACAGUCUGAGAAGAGUGAGACCCACCCAGAGAAAUGGACAGAAGAUGAGUUGCGGAUGGAGAAAGAAAACAACAGUGAAGAAGCCAAGGUCAACAGGCAGCACAGCCCUCGAGAGACAUCCGAAGUGGAUCAUUCAGAUGACAAGCACAGAGCUGAGCCCGAGCCCAUUCCUAUGGAGAUGGAGUCGGCUGCCGAGAGCUGAGACAUUGAGCCACACUUGACUGUGGGACAUAUUUUAAAUCCUGGCUUCCUUUCAAAAACGUGUCACUUGAAUCAUCCUAGAACCUAGUAAAGGCUGUUUAGAUUUUGUCCGCCAACAGAAGACGCUGAAAGAGUUGACGUGCUAUAUGGAGCUCUGUAUUUCUUCACUUUGUUUAAAAAGGAAAUUAUUUUUUUUCUCCCCGUCUGCACUUCGAUGUUUUUUUUUUCUUUUUUGUUGUGAGCAAAGGAGAUGAAUGUGAUGUGAAAUACAGACGUCACUGCUUUUUAGUUGAUAAAGUAUAUGUUUUACUUAAUUACAGACCGAGCCUGUGUGUGUUUUUUCCCUUCUCCCCCUGCCCCCUCUUCCCCCUACCAUCACCUUAACCAAGAAGACAUCAACACCAAACGGAAGAGCCCUCUCCAGGAUCCACCUGCUCACAAGAUUAGCCAAACUCCAGCCAAAAAUUAGCCACCACGGUUCUUUAUAUGGGCUAAAUUACAGCCCUUGUAUAACUUUUUUUAAAAAAAAUUUAUGUAGACAUUUUCAGUUACAUCAUUGUAAGGUACAACUUUGUAACCGGUUAUUAAAAUGUGAUUUUGUGGGA